AGACCUUCUUUUUGUCCUGAAUUUCUCCGCAAUCUAUGUGUAUUCUGGCUUGAGCCUGCCGAAGCGAGAAAUAAAUCGCCAAACGUGGCGCCCUGUGAAUGUUUCAAAAUGCAGUAUACACCGUUUAUCUCGGACAUCGAAAUUCCUUUCUUCUCCUCGCUUGCGACGUUGAAACUUAACCAUGAUAAACUCGACGAUUCAAUCCACAAUAUCUUAGGGUUCUACGAAGUUCGGCCCUCUGAUCCACAGGAGGUAUCCUGUCGGAUGCAAGUCCCCGGCAACGCCCUGGUCGCUGAUAAAGUCCCGUUUGGCGCUUUUCGAGCCGAAGGUGUGAUUAAAAAUUUCAAUACCGCUGAGGAGUAUCGUAUCGUCGACAAAUCAGCUAUGCUUCACGAUGCAGGGAAGCGAAUUUGGGAUGCGAUAAUGGAUGGUUCAGUUUAUUCAUCCCCAUCACUUCUUGCGUCGUUUUUGAUGCUUUCAUUUGCAGAUCUCAAGAAGUAUAGAUUCUCGUACUGGUUCGCAUUUCCCGCCAUUCAUUCGAACCCCCCUUGGGUUCCAUCGCCUGUGCAUCAUGAUAGCCGAGAUCUCGAUAAAUCGGAAAAUGCGAUUCACCAAUCUUCCUUCUCGUUGACCAAUUCAGACAGGGAUGCAUUAGUAGAUGCAGUACUGGCGUGGCGGUCGACUGUAGAGCCGCGCCAGCAUGGCUUCUUCCUCGCUAGAAGAGUUCGACAUCUGCCUUCUCAACCUCAGUUAGAAUCUAAUAUACCCACCGACCCUGGUUCUAAUGCAAGCCCACUUCAAGCUCCAGACUACAAUAAAUGCAACUGCACGUGGGAAGUUUCAUCUCUGUCCACAUACGAGAACGGGUUUUUCGGAAAUGCCGCAGCGGAAGACUGUUUUAUUUGUUUUGUUGAUCCAUCCAAUUACCCAGAUGCACCGGGCUGGAUGCUAAGGAACUUGCUCAUCCUAAUCCGACAUAAAUGGAGGCUCAAUAAGGUUCAAAUCAUUCGCUAUCGUGAAAUACCAUCGUUUGCCAUGGGACCCCAAAGCACUGUGAUGAUCUUGAAGUCUGACACGAGUAUCGAUGAUAGCUUUUCUCGCUCUGGGAGUUUAGUCAUGCCUAAGCUUAGUGGAUGGGAACGCAAUGCAAAUGGUAAGCUUUCUGGUCGCUUGAUAAAUCUCACAGAACACAUGGACCCCGAAAGAAUAGCAGAUCAGUCAGUAGAUCUUAAUCUGAAGUUGAUGAAGUGGCGAAUUACUCCAAGCCUUAACUUGGAUGUUAUCAAAAGGACCAAAUGUCUAUUGCUUGGUGCAGGAACCCUGGGAUGCUAUGUGGCGAGAAACCUCCUAGCCUGGGGCGUUCAAACAAUCAAUUUUGUUGAUAAUGGUUCUGUUUCAUUCUCCAAUCCUGUAAGGCAACCCCUUUUCGGAUUCCAUGAUUGCCUAUACGGUGGUGCCAAGAAAGCCGUUCGUGCCGCCGAAGCUCUCCAGGAAAUUUAUCCAGGGGUUUGUUCCACCGGUCAUGUUCUGUCUAUACCAAUGGUAGGACACCCGAUGGUCAAUAAUAAUGCUGCGAAAAGUGAUUAUGAACAUCUAAAGAACCUUAUUGAUCAACAUGAUGCCAUUUUUCUGCUGAUGGACAGCCGAGAAUCCCGUUGGUUGCCUACUGUCAUGGGCAAAGCUGCUGGAAAGAUGGUCAUGAAUGCGGCAUUGGGAUUCGACACGUUUGUUGUAAUGCGCCAUGGAACUACCGCUAGACGUCAGGAGUCUGUCCUUGGCUGUUACUUCUGCAAUGAUAUCGUGGCGCCAGCAAAUUCCACCAGGGUGCAAACCCUUGACCAGCAAUGCACAGUGACAAGACCAGGAGUAGCAUCUAUGGCGUCCGCCUUGCUAGUUGAGCUUUUCGUCUCAGCCCUUCAGCAGUUUAAUACACCCCCAGCCCCCGACUCCUCAAGCCAUGGAAACUCCUCACACCCCUUGGGUAUUGUACCCCACCAGAUAAGGGGAUUUUUGUCAACCUUUUCAAACGUUGUUGUCACUGGACAAAGCUACGAAUUCUGCAGUGCCUGCUCCAAUAAUAUUGUUCAUGCAUAUAUCACAGAUGGGUGGGAGUUUGUUCAGCGGGCAAUCAAUGAAAAUGGGUACAUCGAGGAAGUUAGCGGGUUGAAAAAGGUUCAACAAUCAGCAGAAGAGGCGAUUGCGUCAUUGGAGCUAGAGGAUCCCCUUGAUUCAGAAGGUGAAAUGCUGUAACAGGACAGGUAUACAUGGUCCCUCAUAAAGAGCAUUUACAUGCCACAAUCGUUCCUUCUAUCCUGGAUAUAUACCCAUAGUUAUCGUCCUAUGAAUU